AUGGCGAAGGUGUAUAUCAAGUGUUUACAGUUAGUGUACAUUGCCCAGCUUCUGCUGGUUGUGAUUAAUGGAGAAAAGUUGUUACUACAUGAUGGACUUGAGUACGGAAAGCUGCUUGAAACAGGUUCAUGUGUUUGGAAGUGUUUGAAGCAGAAUUAUAAAUCUUUAGAGUCGUGUUACAAUGUUUGUGCUGAGCAUGUUCAGGGUGAGACGAACAGUAUUGAACAAGACACGGUGUCGCAAUAUCAAAUUAAGCUAGUUUGCCGUGACAGCUCCAGCUUAGUAAUUCAAAUUCACAAAAUUCCUGUCUCUUUCAACAACGAUCAAAUACGAAUCCAGAGGCAUAUGACAGUUAGCACCAAUCGUCAUGAUAUGGUUUCAAGAAACCGAAACAAUCAAACAGCUUUUUCUGAACUCAUUCAUUUGCUUAAUAUUCAACCGAGUAACAAUCAUCUGGAUGAACCAGAAAUAUACAUGACUAACGAUUCAACAGUAACGAUCGACGGGUUAUCUCCAAGUUCAAGUUAUAAUAUCAGCUUAACAACCAUUAGUGAAAAACACUUUAGUUUGGCAACCUUGCAGUAUCCACUAGCGACUCUGCCGUUGGAUUACAAACCGGAAGCAAUCAGUAGUGUCGAUGUAAUCAGAUAUCGACCCAACAGUCGAAACAGUUCACUGGUAGAUGGAAUAAUUUCGUGGAAACCAGCUCCCGACAGAACGUGCCACUAUGAGAUCCUACAUUAUGCCAGCCAUUUGGCCGAUACGGAACUGAAAUCGACAGCCGUUCAAGCUCCCGAGGAUUUAUACCACUACGUCGUAGAUUCAUUGGAGUUGAACUCGGAGUAUGAAAUUGCCGUUCGAGCGAAGAAUACCCGUUUUUCCCGCUUGGAGAGUGAACUAAUAUGGCACACGUUCCAUACGCCAAGUUGCGCUGAAUGGCAUAAUAGUAGCCGAUUCUGUGCUCCAGAACAGGUGGAAAAUAUUCAAAUCGAAUGCGCUCAAGGGUUCGGAAACAACUUCACAUUCAACAUCACAUGGAACGAACCACGAUUUACUCCCGACCAUUACUUAGUAGAGCUCUACGAUCUCAAUCCUGCGAUUACGGAUGAGCGACACGUUAACUCCGUUUCACGAAAUGUUAGUGGUAAUAUGACUGUACUCUUAGUAGAAACGUUAAAUGUCCAGGGGCCUCAGUAUGAAGUGUUCAUCGCAGCCUACGCCAACAACCGGACAGCCUCUCGAAGUGUAGUGAAACCUUUGUGCAUCAACAGAAUGCAUUCUGUCCAGAAGAGCUGGGAAAUUUCUAUAGUUAUUAUUUUGGCUCUAGUUUUGAUCGCCGUAUUCGUAAUCGUUACCUGCUAUCUUCAGAAAGCCAAACUAAGGCGAUACGAAAAGCGUGUCGAGUUUUACAAGGACGUGGAAUCCGUAAAAGAGCCCGUAGAUCCGCGAACGGAUGUGCGAGAUAUACUACAAUCUGUAGCGCCAAUUCACGAUGAGAUGGAAAUUGAUUUGGAGCAGAUCCAAUUGCUGGAUGUUUUGGGCGAGGGUGCUUUUGGUCUGGUACGACAGGGCAUUCUUAUGCGUCCGGAAGGAAAGCACGUAAAUGUUGCCGUUAAAAUGCUGAAAGAGUUCCCCAGCUUGGGCGACAUCAAGGAGUUUCGACGAGAAAUCGAAGUAAUGAAGUCGGUAGGAAAGCACCCAAAUGUGGUGUCCAUUUUGGGUCACUACACAAAAAGCGUCGAAGACAUGAUGCUUUUGACAGAGUACUGUAGUGAGGGUAAUCUGCUGAACUACUUACGUUCUGAGUGGGAUAAACUUCUGAAUUUUCAUUGUGAAGAAUGUAAAACGCCGGCGCUGCAAACUAACAAAAAACCUGAGAGUGUCUUUAACUUUGAUACUUCAUUUGUUAAUGAAAAGAAAACUUACCCACACAAAAUUAUCACCGCGGAGCAAUGUUGUAUGCAUACUUCAUCCUCAAAGGCUUAUGAAAACCAAUUGUGCGUAGGUCAUAAUGAUGAGCUAAACACCAAUCUCGCAGAAGAAGCAACUUACGAGAAUCAACUGCAUAGCAUGGUUGAAAAUCAGUGCUACUAUAGUGACAACAUCACGGAACAAAAGCCAACUAAACCCGAGGUAACCAGCGAACAGCUUAUCGAAUUCGCCAGACAAAUUGCUGUUGGUAUGGAAUUUUUGGCUCGCAACAAGGUCGUUCACCGAGAUUUGGCAGCCCGCAACGUGCUAGUGUGCGGCGAUAAAGUGGUAAAAAUAUCCGAUUUCGGUCUUAGCAGAGAUAUUUAUCAGGAGAAUGUGUAUAGGAAAACCGGGAGCGGAAAACUACCAGUAAAAUGGCUUGCCUUGGAAUCAUUGACUCAUCAAAUGUACACUUCGCAGAGUGACGUGUGGUCAUUUGGUAUUUUGCUGUACGAAAUUUGUACCCUCGGGGCUAACCCUUACCCGUCGAUAUCAGCGAACCGUUUGAUUUUGGAACUGCAAUCCGGAUACCGUAUGGAAAGGCCUUCCGGUUGCAGCCAGCAGCUAUAUGAUUUGAUGCUGGCAUGUUGGAGUGCCUUACCGAGUGAUAGACCAUCGUUCUCUGCCAUCCAGAGGCACCUUAACAAACUGUCAGAGCAGAGCCAAGACAGCGCCAAGUCACUGAUACAAUUGGAAACAGUAAUUGAUUUACCUAGAAUUGAGAAUGUAUAA